AUGGCUCCCGGCCAGCAGAUGCCUCCGGUUCCCAACCGCGAGGACAUUGGUGCUACUUGGAAUUACCUACAGGCCGGCAUCACGCGCAUCAUGAAUGACCUCGAGCAGGGCAUCGACAUGCAAAUGUACAUGGGAGUCUACACUGCCGUUCACAACUUUUGCACGUCUCAAAAAGCGGUUGGCCUGAGUGGUCCUGCCAUGCACUCCAACCAUCGCGGAGCGCACCUUCUCGGCGAGGAGCUCUACAACAAUCUCAUCAGCUACCUGCAAGCCCAUCUCAAGACGCUCGUCGAAGAGUCCAAAUCGCACACCGAGGAAGCGCUUCUCACGUACUACAUCAGAGAGUGGAACCGCUACACGACGGCUGCGAAAUACAUACACCACCUCUUCAGAUAUCUCAAUCGCCACUGGGUGAAGCGCGAGAUCGACGAAGGGAAGAAGAACAUCUACGAUGUAUACACACUACACCUCGUUCAGUGGCGCAAGGUCCUGUUUGAGCAGGUCUCGGCCAAGGUCAUGGACGCUGUCCUGAAGCUUGUCGAGAAGCAAAGAAAUGGCGAGACCAUCGAGCACAGCCAGAUCAAACAAGUGGUGGACUCGUUUGUGUCCCUGGGACUCGACGAGGCCGAUCCCUCCAAGUCAACCCUCGACGUCUAUCGCUACCACUUCGAGCGGCCCUUCCUGGCAGCAACUAAGGAGUUUUACCAGGCAGAGUCCAAGCAGUUUGUCGCAGAGAACAGCGUCGUCGAGUACAUGAAGAAGGCGGAGACUCGGCUGGCCGAAGAGGAAGAGAGGGUCAGCAUGUAUCUGCACCAGGACAUUGCCGUUCCCCUCAAGAAGUGCUGCAACAUGGCUCUCAUCGCGGACCACUCGACACUCCUGCGUGAGGAGUUUCAGGUUCUACUCGACACUGACCGCGAGGAGGACAUGGCUCGCAUGUACAAUCUCCUGUCUCGCAUCCCUGACGGCCUCGAACCUUUGAGAACGAAGUUUGAGACUCAUGUGCGGAAGGCUGGCCUUGCCGCCGUCCAGAAGGUGCAGUCCUCCGAGGGGGACAAACUCGAGCCCAAGGUGUACGUCGAUGCGCUCCUCGAGGUCCACAGCCAGUACCAGCUGCUGGUGAAGAAGGCUUUCAACGACGAGGCCGAGUUCACCCGGUCGUUGGACAACGCCUGCAGAGAAUUCGUGAACCGCAACGAGGUCUGCAAGUCGGCCUCGAGCAAGUCGCCAGAGCUUCUGGCCAAAUACACGGAUGUGCUGCUUCGCAAGAGCAGUACGAGCAUCGAGGAGGCCGACCUCGAGCGGACCCUGAGCCAAAUCAUGAUCGUCUUCAGAUACAUUGAGGACAAGGACGUCUUCCAGAAGUUUUAUUCGCGCAUGCUGGCGAGGCGUCUAGUGCACAGCAAUUCGUCCUCGGACGACGCCGAGACGAGCAUGAUCAGCAAAUUAAAGGAGGCAUGCGGUUUCGAGUACACAAACAAGUUGCAGCGCAUGUUCCAAGACAUGCAAAUCUCCAAGGAUUUGAACAAGGAGUUUGGCGAGCACCUCGCAAGCGUCGGCUCCGUGAGCGGUGUCGAUUCGACCUUUUCGAUUCUCGGCACGGGUUUCUGGCCCCUUACGCCACCGAGCACCCAUUUCCACCCGCCGGCGGAGAUUUCCACAGAGAUUGAGCGUUUCGCACGCUUUUACAAGCACAAGCACGAUGGCCGCAAGCUGACUUGGCUAUGGCACCUGUGCAAGGGGGAGAUUCGCACCGGGUACUGCAAGAGCAGCAAGACCCCAUUCACGUUCCAGGUGUCCAUUUAUCAAAUGGCUAUCCUCCUUCUCUUCAACGAGAAGGACUCAUACACCUAUGAGGACAUGCUCAGUGCGACCCAGCUGAGCAAUGAAGUGCUGGACCAAGCCUUGGCUGUCAUCCUCAAGGCCAAGGUGCUUCUCAUGUCUGGUGGCUCCGGUGACAAGCCCGGUCCGGGCAAGGCGUUCAGCCUCAACUACGACUUCAAGAACAAGAAGAUUCGGGUCAACCUGAACCUCGGAGGCGUCAAGGAGACUAAGCAAGAGGAAGCGGAAACGAACAAGACGAUCGAGGAAGACCGCAAGCUGGUCCUUCAGUCCGCGAUUGUUCGCAUCAUGAAAGCGCGAAAGAAGAUGAAGCACACGCAGCUGGUGAGCGAGACCAUCAACCAGAUCCGGUCUCGAUUUGUGCCCAAGGUUGGGGACAUCAAGAAGUGCAUAGAGAUUCUUCUCGACAAAGAAUACCUGGAGCGACUGGAGGAUGACGAGUUGGGCUACCUCGCGUAG